AUGGUUGAAAGUGCUGAUCAGUCGGCAGAACAAAUCGAAACAAGAAAUGCAGAUCAAAGAAUCAGGACAGCAGAGAGUCGUGCACAAGAACAGCGUGACGAACGUCUGCGACAGACUAUUACGAGAACAAGAGCAGCACGAGAGCAAGACAUAGCUACAGCACGAGUACAAGAACCACAGAGGCAGCGGGCCAGCCGCGCAUCACCACGAGCACCAUUUGUUCGUCUUGCUUAUGCUGCUUACAUUGAAAUUGUUCCGUUUCAAAGGACUACGUCGGAGAAAGAAAGUAUCACGCAAUCAGUUCUAGAGCCAGCUGCUUCAAGUUCCAAUGAGACACCUUGCAUUGGUGUUGUUGAUGAACUUAAAUCAGUUCAAUCUGAUUCCGAAACCGUUAUUCCUUCGACGAGUAGUUCUCAAAGUACGUCAAAACCGUUGGAUAAAGCUUUAGAUUCUGACACGGAAGUAAUCCCUAUUAAACGUCAAAAAUCUAUCAAGACCAGUUUUCAAGAAAUCUCCUGUUAUUCAGAAUCCGGCAUGAAAACAAGAAAACUUAACAAUUGCGUAACUGUUCAUUUUAAUAGAAAUGAACACAACGGCGUGUACGAACUCGAUGAAAGACAUACGUCACAAUAUAUUUCUCAAAUGCUUUUAAAAACUUGUGCAGAAUGGGGUAUUAAAAAAGAUAAUGUGACGGCUGUUGUAACCGAUAAUGCUGCCAAUAUGGUGAAAACCGUAGAAUUGACGUUUGUCCGCCGCAUAUUUUCCAAAAUGACUUCAGCAGGUGUCGCAGGAGAACCUGUGGCACGGGAAGUGCAAAGACUGGCUCCGCAAGAAAUUACGAAAAGAAUGGGUUCCAUUGAACAUGUAACUCCUCUUGCUAUAGCAAACAUUUUAGACCCAAGUUUUAAAAAAAAUCACUUUAACGAUGCAAUAGCUUGUAGCAAUGCUGUAUGGAAAAUCAAAGAUUUAAUGACGCCUCAUUUGCGUCAAAUUGAAGAAAUCAAGUCGGACUCGGAUAAGUCUGAUAAAAGUGAAGAGACAUUUUCAUUAUGGAGUGACUAG